GCCUCAACAUCCACCACCAGCCGCACUGCCGGAACAUCGGCACUCUCAAAUCAGUACGGAUGCAUUAAGACAAACUGCACUUUCAACCUUUCCUUUUUCUUUUCUUUUUUUUUUAAUUAAUUUGUUGAGAGGUUGAUAUCAGUUCUAAUACCUGGGCUUCCCACAAGAGUGGACCUGAGGCCUGUACAGUAGUUUCCAUUUUGGAUUUUGGUGCUAGAUUUGAAUCAUGGGGAUCAAGGCGGCCCUACCUAAGGCUGAGCUCUACCUCUACACUGCUGUCCUCUCUUUGGCUGUCCUGUGGGCAGGAAGCUGGAUCAUCGAGGCAUCCAGUGAGAAUGUUAACAGGAAGGCUUUUAAAGGAAGUGUGAAACCAGGAUGGCACUACUUUGGCAGAAAAAUGGACGUGGCUGACUUUGAGUGGGCGAUGUGGUUCACCACCUUCCGCAACCACAUCUUGUUCGCCCUCUCUGGUCAUGUGAUCUUCGCCAAAAUCUGCUCCAUGAUUUCUCCCAAGCAAAGGUCUCUGGUCUACAUGCUGUACGGCUUUGUGACGACGCUCAUCAUCAUGGGCUGGACAUACGUCUCUCUCAUCCUGUCUCACUGCAUCCUCCUGUACAGCGUAGCCCUCAUUAAGAGGAAGUGGCUUUGCUUUCUGGCUGGACUCACCAGCCUGGCCACCUUCAAGAUGGAGCCCUUCAGCUCCUGGCAGGCUGGCUUUGUGACCGGCACCUUCGAUCUUCAGGAUAUCCUGUUCUAUGGAGGCUGUGGGUUCUCCAUCAUGCGCUGCAUGAGCUUCGCUUUGGAGAACUGCGAAAAGAAGGACGGCCACUACAGCUUUUUGGAUCUGGUCAAGUACAACUUCUACCUCCCUUUCUUCUUCUUCGGACCCAUCAUGACGUUUGAUCGAUUCCACGUGCAGGCCAAUAACCCUAACCUGAUUCGUAAAGAUCGAGAGAUGUGGAACAUCACCAUCCAUGCUUUGGUGCACCUUGGAGCCAUUUUGGUGGUGGACGUGUUCUUCCAUUUCCUGUAUAUUUUGACAAUCCCGAGUGACAUGAAGCUGGUGAAAGACUUGCCUGAUUGGUCAUUAGCUGGCUUGGCGUACUCAAACCUGGUGUACGACUGGGUGAAGGCAGCCGUCAUGUUUGGCGUUAUCAACACAGUGUCUCGGCUAGACCACCUGGAUCCUCCUCAACCACCUAAGUGUAUCACCAUGCUGUAUGUCUUUGCCGAAACGCACUUUGACAGAGGAAUCAACGACUGGCUAUGCAAGUAUGUGUAUGAUUACAUUGGUGGAAAUCAUGAUGGAAUCUUCAAGGAGCUGGUCGCUACAAUCUGCACAUUCGGCAUCACUACUCUGUGGCUCGGACCUUGCGAACUGGUGUACAUUUGGUCCUUCUUUAACUGCUUUGGCCUGAACUUUGAGCUGUGGGUGGCUAAGCUCUUUUCCCUGCCUCCUUUGUCUACCAUUGAGGGUCUCAUGUCUGAGGCAAUGUCACGGCGUAUCAGAGGACUGUUCAACGCUGUUAACUUCUGGCAAAUCGUCCUGUAUAACAUCCUCGCAUUGAAUAGCCUGGAUUUUGCCAAGCUGGUGGCUAAGAGACUAUUGUUUAAGGGUUUCCCAAUGUCCACUCUCUCAGUGUUUUUAGUGACCUACUGUGGAAUUCAGCUGGUGAAAGAGCGAGAGCGAAAACUUGCCCUGCUCGAAGAACCCGAGCCGAUUAAACCCAAAAUUGAUUAGAUGAGCAGAGAGAACAUUUUUGCCGUAUCCAAGCUCCUCAUACCCAAAACCCAAGCGGCUUCUGUCCCCAUGGUCACUGCUCAAGACAAACCUGUUUAAUAAGCACAGGGUGUUUUUUUUAAAAAACUGUGAAUAGGCCUUAAGUGCACUUGUUGUACAAGUUCUAACUCCUUUCUAAGAGACUGCUGCAUAUGAACCAAGUGCAUUUUUUGUAUUCAUUUCAUUUAAAUAUAUCAUGGAUUUUAAGAAGAAAUGGUCUUGCCAAAUAUUUUAUGCAGAUUUAAUAUAUUGAACGAUUAAAGUUGACAAAGUCUUUAUGA